GAGACGUCACCUUUUUUUUCAUCUUUUCGGUUCUUCGAAAAAGGAACAAGUUGUUGUUUAGGUUUCGCUCGACUCCUUAGUUUCGUUAGUUAUCCCAUUCCUUCUUUUAUUUCUUUCUCCGGUCUUUUUGGGUCCGAAGAGGCGACGGUGGUUGCUGCUGGUGAAAGAUCAACGUCUGUUUAGUAGGUAGAAAGGUUGGGAUCGACCCCGACUCCGCGUCUGCAUGUAUGCUGCAUACAUAUAUACGUAUACAUGCACGUGAGCGUGCGUGUGUGUGUGUAUGUGUAUUGUGAGUGGCAAUAGUUUUAUGUUUUGGAUUCGAAAUCAGUCUGAGUGCGGUGAGCGAACGCGCCGCUCGUUUUUCAAAAAGGAAAAGCCGAGAGUCUGUUGGUUGGUUGGGUGUGAUAGAGAGGAGAUAUUUUACACGGAGAGAGAACCGGAGGUAGUAAGAACACCUCACCUCUUCUUCACCAAAUAUCAUCCGCAAUACAUCAUCGAAACCGCGGAGAGCAGAGAGACGAAACGACGGAGGUAGAGGCAACAGCGAAAGAGAUACAAACACACACAUACAUACACCUUUCCGAGCACGGCACAAAGAAUCAUCGUAGGAAAUAUAUAGUUACGUGGGUGUCCCGAGUUUCGCGAGUGCGCGUUUUCCUUCCUUCAUCGCUUCUUCCUACCAAAUUUCCUUGGUUCUUCAUUUCCGCCGGACCGAACGCAAGUGAUGUGAGAGGUGCGAACCUGAGGAAAUCUGUUCUUGUUGUUUAUUGUUUUCGUUUGUUGUUAACAUCAUCAUCCACAUAUAAAAAGUGCGCAGACAGAGCGAAUAAACCACCGACGUUACAUAAGAUGAUUUCAAGAUAAUUGUUCUUUUCGAUAAUUGGUAACGAUAACAAUGGGUUUUUCGACGAAUCUGCAAGGAAGGAGUGCCCAUGAGGCGCUCCUCUCACGGCAGGACGCCGAGCUUCGGCUGUUGGAGACGAUGAAGAGAUGCUUAGCUUCGAAGGUCCGCUGCGACAGGGAGUACGCGAUAGCCCUGAGCUCUGUGGCGACGCAAGGAUGCAAGAUCGAUAGGGCCGACGAACUGACCGGAAGUCUGAUAACAAGCUCUUGGAAAGGGAUGAUGGAGGAUCUGGACAGCGCCGGUAAACUGCUGAAGAGCAACGCCGAUUACAUCGAGUCCAAGACUUUAGACGCCCUGAAUACCCUCUACUCGGACAAGAGGAAGGCGAGGAAGCAGUACCAGGAGGAGCACACCAGAAUAGCCCAGCAGUUCACACAU